AGUGUGUUUACGAUCACCAUGGCUUUUGCUUCCAUAUGCUGGUCUUCGUCUUUAAUGCCAAUUUUUUUUGCAAUUCUUGUUUAUUUUAAUGUGAAUUCAGCUUUUGAAUUUAAACACCACAAUAAUGAGGAAUUAGUACAAGUAUUAAUGGAUGUUCAUGCAAAAUGUUCAAAUAUUACGCGAGUUUAUACGCUCGAUGAAAAAUCUGUGCGUGGGGUACCGUUAUACGUGAUUGAGUUUUCUUUACGACCCGGUCAUCAUGAAUUAAUGAAGCCUGAAUUUAAAUAUAUAGCAAAUAUGCACGGUAAUGAAGUUCUUGGUAGAGAAAUGUUAUUAAAAUUGGUUGAUUAUUUAUGCGAACAAUGGAAUGCAAGGGAUCCAGAUAUUGUUGCAUUAAUUGAAGCUACACGUAUACAUAUAAUGCCUUCGAUGAAUCCAGAUGGUUGGCAAUUAGCUACUGAUAUGGGAGGAAAUGAUUUCUUAAUAGGCCGUUUAAAUAAUAAUUCAGUGGAUUUAAACAGAAACUUCCCAGAUUUGGAUAGAAUUGCAUUUAGUAAUGAAGAAAAUCAUAUAUAUCAUAAUAAUCAUUUACUAGCACAAGUUGAACGCUUAACAGAACCGAUUCAACCUGAAACCAGGGCAGUUAUACGAUUUAUAAUGCAAAUACCGUUUGUACUAUCAGCAAAUUUACAUGGUGGCGAUUUAGUUGCAAAUUAUCCGUACGAUGAAAGUCGAUCUGGACGUCCAAAUGGUGAAUAUAGUUCGUCCCCUGAUGAUAAUACAUUUAGAUACUUAGCACAAUCAUAUUCUACAUAUCAUGCUGACAUGGCGGAUCCAAGUCGUAAAGGAUGUGCUGAAGAUAGUAACGAUUUUGGUAAACGUGGCGGAAUUACGAAUGGAGCACAAUGGUAUAGUCUACAAGGAGGAAUGCAAGAUUUUAGUUAUUUAUCUUGUAACGAUUUCGAUAUUACUUUGGAAAUUGGAUGUGAUAAAUAUCCACCGGUAGAGGAUUUACCAAACGAGUGGAUACGAAACAAGGAUGCUUUAAUUAAUUUUAUUUGGCAGUCGCAUAUUGGAAUAAAAGGGAUGGUAUAUAAUGCCUUGACAAAAGAAGGAAUACCAAACGCUGUUAUUCACGUACGAAAUAUUACUGAUCAUAACGCUUACGAUAUUGAGCACGAUAUUACUUCAGUUCAUAAUGGAGAUUAUUUCAGAUUAUUAACACCAGGCAGAUAUAAAGUUACAGCAUAUCGAGAAGGAUUUUUACCAAACAGUAAAAUAAUUACCGUAUACAAUAAAUCUGGAUUUCCAGCGCAACGAGUUGAUUUUCGAUUAAAACCAAUCACGGUUGAUUAUAACAACAUGGAUGAAAAUUUUAUGAGCGAUGUGGAUAAUAAAGAAUUUAAUUACUAUAAAAGUGGUUGGUACGGCAAACAUCCUCUUCCAAAACCUUAAAUCAAUUAUUAUUUGGAUAACUUUGUAGAAACACGUUUAUUAGAUGUUAAGUUGUUUUGACAAAUUUUAAUGUGAAGUUUCCAAUUACAUAAUUACAGAUAAUGUCAGCAGACCAUCUUAUUUUAAUUUGAAGAUGGUGGUAAAUUCAGGUACAUAGCAAUUGUAGUCAUAAGAGUCAGAACAGACUUAAAAUCUCGACAUUCUUUUGAAAAGUUAGGAUGUAAAAAGUGAAAAAGAUAGGAUGUAAAAUUUUUUUAAGUCACACACUUGUUAGAAGGACAUUUACGCUCAGGUCCGUUUUAUGCAAUAACAUUUGAUAUCAUUACUUCCAAACGAUAAGUUUAACUUGCUGAAAUACUAUCGUUAGUUAGUCGACUAUUGGCUCUUAGGCU